AUGGCGCAUGACAGACAGUGGUUGUGCCAGCAGGAAUUCCGCGCGCCGCUUGCAGCCUCCACGAGGAAGGCCCUGGCUCGUUUGGACGGGGUCUCCUUCAGGACUAGCUACGGGGAGGCUUUCCGACACCCGUCACUUCGAAAUGUGGACCUCUCUCAGCCUCCGCAGGCACCGAGGAGCGAGGCGGGAAGCGCCUCUUCUUCUUCCAAGGCCAGAAGGCUGCAAAUGAAGCGAUAUGUCACCACCUACUCGGACAGUUACCUGCCGUACCUCCGACAAAACCCACCCCAGCCGAAGGCAAGCCUAGAGCAAGCUGGGCCGGCGCAUCGGGUGCAGGAGAAGAUCGAGAAGCCUGAGGAGAAGUACCGGUACACGGUCGCGCAAGCCGAACCAGACGACAAGCCUGGUGGGCGCAUGCAGAUGGACCACUCGGCAACACCGGCCAAGGGCUCCAUGCGGCCCAUCGAGUUGGUGGCAGGGGUGAAGUCCAACUUCGUCGGUGGCCCGCCUCCGAUCUACUGGAAAAGCGAGGCGCGCGCAAGCUUCACCGUGGACGUCCACGGCGAGUCCGCCGCGCAGAAGUACGGGCUGCCAACGCAGCCCGCUCCGUUGGCCAAGUUCAUGAAGGGGUAA